AAAUGGAGAGUCUUGGAGUCUCGUCGUUACAAAAUCUCCAAGCGCUGUCAGCUUUGUUAAACUCAGACCAAGAGCGAAAAGACGAGGACUGGGAGGUAAAACAGUGUUGGAGUAUGACACCAAAUCCCUCUGCACAACUGGGCCCUGGAAGCAUUGGACCCAAACCUAAAAAGGACACUCCAGUUGCAAGUGGGAGCACCUCUAACAGCAAAUACAUCUGGAGUGAGGAGGAAGUGGCCGAAGGAUCCCAGUUUGAUGACCUCAGCGACCCAAGACCUCAGCCAGAAUAUGAGGUGAUUAUGAAGCAGAGCGUUGGGACAGAAGACGUAUUUCUGGGCCUCAGUGGGAAAGACCCCUCGUCCAUGAGCUGUGAAGCUUUACUGGUAAAAAUCAAACUGCCUGACACAAAACUGACUGAUGUGGUCUUAGACGUGAAAGAAACAUUUUUGGAUCUACGGACACCGAAAUAUAAGCUUGGUCUACACCUGCCCCACCCAGUCCACAGUCAGGAGGGCAAAGCGCAGUUCUUCAGUGACAGAGAGGAGCUGGAGGUGUCUCUACAGAUGAAUCGACCGCUAGACUUUAUCAACAGGAGAUAA